GUAUAGGAACGGGUGGUGGUGACGUGGCGGUGGUAGUGGCUCGUACGUCGGUGGUGCGCACGGUGGUUGAGAUAAGCAGCGCGGGGGACUGAAGUGCCGCAAGACCGGAGAUCUCGCGCCGCGCCGUUCGGCCUCUCGCGUUCGUUUACGCCCGCCCGCUCCGUUUCAUUCCGUCGGCACACGGCAGUCCGCCACGGGACACGGUCGACCGGUUGAUAGGAUCUGUCUCUCCCGCCCGAUGUGACGGAGGAUCGCGAUGCUCAAGGAUCACACAGCGAUCACCCAGGCGCUCCUCGGAACCCUGCUCACGUGGGCCCUCACCGCGGCCGGUGCCGCGCUCGUAAUCAUCAUUCGGGGAAAACAACGCAAGCUCCUCGAUGUCAGCCUGGGGUUCGCUGCUGGCGUGAUGACGGCCGCGAGUUACUGGUCAUUGCUGGCACCGGCGAUCGAAAUGGCAGCCGAGAGCAAGAUGUACGGAGCGGAGGGCGAGUACGCGUUCGUACCG